AUGUCGACAAACAGCCCACGAAAGUCAAUUGAUAGCAUGGCGUCUGGGAUCUCGUCGCCUUCAAUCUCUUAUUCCACGGGUCAGCUGGAAUCUCCCCGCGUGCCCCCUCAACGGUUCCCCCUGAGGAGGGGAUCAACUGCGAGCUCGAUAGUGAGCAUCGGAGGUGUUUUGGACUCUGCUCAUCAUCAGGGCUCGAUUGCAGAGUCUGGACAAAAUGCCAUUUCGACACUCCUCCAGCCACCUAUAAUUCGCACCGGUCUGACGGCCCACAGUGCCACAUCCUCCACAGGCUUCAAACCUCCAUCCUCUCGUGACAUACCGCCGGUGACUCUAACAAAUAUUAAACAUGUUGAUGCGAAGGUCUUCCAGCCAUAUCUCUCACAGGUGGGAACUCUAUACGAUGUAUUUCAACAGCCAAAGGAAGGAAUGGGGGAGGACCCCACCCAACAGGCACAGGCGGCCAAAUCCCCAAAGCCGGAUGCUGAUCGCGAUUCAUUAUUGCCUUGGUCCCCCGAGCGAAGGCCUUCGACCAUGUCAACCAACUCGAGAUCAUCUUCGCCCUUUGAUACUCGAGGUCGACGCCCGUCCACUGGUCGUGGGCGGGCCCCUGCAGUUACCCCUCUAUCUACGAUACCCCCUGUCUACUUCGAGGAAGACUUUCAUUUGGAAAAUCCCCGCACGUUCGAUGUGAUAUCAGAGAAGUCAGAUGUGGUUCGGCCGCCCCGGCCACCAACCAAAGACGACAAACAAGCCAAUGGCUUGCUCCCGGAGCCGGUGCAGACUGGAAGGAAAGCACUGGCAACAAAUGCUAUCCUACAAGAAAAGCUGUCGUGGUAUAUGGAUACUGUGGAAAUACACCUGAUCUCGUCCAUUUCCACUGCAUCCAAAUCAUUUUUCACUGCGCUAGGGUCACUCCGCGAACUUCAUGCAGAAGCGGCUGACUCUGUCAACCGGAUACAAGUUUUGCGGAAGGAUUUGCAGAAGAUAGACAAAGAAAUGGCUCUGGGCGGACUCAAGGUUGUCAACCUAAGACGGCGAAGGGAGAAUGUCCGAAUGCUGGCAGCUGCUGUAGCUCAGCUCCGCGACGUGGUCGAAUCCGUGUCCCGAUGCGAGGAAUUGGUAGAACAAGGCGACAUUGAAGAAGCUGCUGAAGGACUUGAAGAGGUGGAGAAGUUGAUGGCAGGCGAUAAGGUCUCUGACCGUGCCGCUGCGGAUGACGAAGAAGGCUCCCCAAGGCGCAUAAUCGACCUGCGAGGCAUCAAGGCAUUAGAAGGAGCAUCCGAUGAUCUUGAUCAACUUCGCCAGCGUAUUGGCAUGGGUUAUGAGACCCGUUUCUUGAAUGACUUACUGGGUGACUUGCGACAGCAUGUGCAAAAUGUGCCGUCUGAUGCUACGCUGCAGCGCUGGGGAAUUUCUUUUCAACGGCAGCGGGGUGGCCGACCGGUUUCAGUAUCACCUGCUUAUAUGAGUUUCAACAGCGAGCUGCGAUCACAGUUAGACAUCCAACUCAAUGGCCUCGCGCGUGCUCGCUAUACCAUGCCAGCGGCGACUUCUUUCAAGACCGCUGUUUUACGAGAAAUGAAGGGGCUUAUUCGCAAACACUUGCCUAGCUCUAGUGAUGACGACAAUGAAUCUAUGGUGUCACUGUCAACGCAUGCUGGACAUCAGCUAAGCCAACAAGAAAAAUCAUCGAUUCUGGCUCGCAACCUCCGCGCUCUCGAUCCUGAGGAUGCCUAUGCGAUGUUGAUAAACGUUUACACGGGCAUUAGUGAGUCACUCAGACGACUGAGUGUCCAGGUCAAGAUUUUGUUGGAUAUUGCUAGCGGUCUGGGUAACUCCCCAGCUUCUGGUGUUAGGUCACCACCUCGAAGUCCCAACCCGCAAAGCCUGGAUCAGGCCCUGAAAUCCCCACAGAGCGGCCCAACGGCCUCGGACAUGGCCCAGGAUGAGAUCCUCCAAGUUUUAGACAUGUCAAGUCUACUGGGUCAAGCUGUUGAUAUUGCUCAGUCUCAAAUAACGAAGGUGUUGAAAGUUCGAUCUGAACAAACUGCCCAGCUUCCAAAAGAACAGUUUCUCAAUUACUUCACUCUCAACCGACUGUUCGCGGAUGAAUGCGAGGCCAUCUCAGGACGUGGCGGCACAGCACUUAAGACCAUUGUCGGCAGUCAUAUCCGCGAUUUCAUCACCCGUUUUGGUGAUGCUCAGCGCCAUCAGAUCGUCAAAGUUAUGGAUGCAGACCGAUGGGAUGCGUGCGACUUUGGUGAUGCUGAAAAUACAAUCUUGACUAGGAUUUUGGAUGCAAGUACUAAAGAUAUUGACGCUUGGUUGGAUGCUUCCAAAAUCUGGAACCACACUGCUGGAAAGGACCAAGCGCACUCCGAUGAUGCUGAUGCGGCUGCCAAUGGAACCGACAAAACCAAGGUGCGCAGUGCCAUUGUCGAUGAACAAAAGUACAUUCUACCAGAUUCUGCCAUGGCGAUGAUGCGCAGCAUCGAGGAGUUUGAAUUCCUCAUGUCGAAUAUCCCCAGCAUGAUCCAGGAUAUUGCGCCGCAUCUACUAGAUAUCCUCAAACUCUUCAACUCUCGUUCAUCCCAGUUGAUUCUCGGUGCUGGCGCUACACGCAGUGCAGGCCUUAAGAACAUUACAACGAAGCAUCUUGCCCUAUCGUCACAGGCACUGAGUUUUGUCAUUGCUCUUGUGCCAUAUGUACGGGAAUUCGUCCGCCGCUCGGGUCAAGCAAACCCCCUGAUGGCCGAGUUCGACAAGGUCAAACGCCUGUGCCAGGAGCACCAGAGUGGUAUUCACGAGAAGUUGGUGGAUAUUAUGAGCUCGCGCUCUUCUCUGGGCGUCAACGCAAUGAAAAAGAUCGAGUGGGAUGCCAAGGGUUCUUCUCCCACCGUUAGCCCCUUCAUGGAGACAUUAGCCAAAGAAACAGGCACUUUACAUCGAGUGCUGAGCAAGCAUCUCCCCGACAUGACCGUCAGCAUGAUCAUGGAUCCUGUGUUCAAAAACUAUGCCGAUCAAUGGAAAAAAGCCUUCCAAGAGGCGGACGUGCAGACAGAGGCUGGAAAAAAGAGAAUGCUAGCCGAUGUCGAACACUUCCGAACUAAGCUCAGCAAGAUCGAAGGCGCCAACGUCGUGAGCGAUCAGCUCCUCGAAGUCGUGCAGGCCAAGGUCAUUAUGGACGAAGCUGAAAAGCCCGAGCCUGCGAGCGAGAAGCAAGAACCAGACGAGGGGUCUGAUUCCACCAAGUCUUGA